AAAUCAGAUUUUAGGAUCAGAUAUAAUUAUUAUUUCUGGAGGUUCAGGGAUUUGGAUGAACAUUUCUGUGAUUUUGUGGACACCCUGACAGAGUAUAAAACAAAAAGUGUUCUGGCAACUCCAAUAAUGAAUGGAAAAGAUGUAGUUGCUGUUGUGAUGGCUGUAAACAAAGUAACAGGAUCACAUUUCACCACCAAAGAUGAAGAGAUUUUAUUAAAGUAUCUCAAUUUUCUCAACCUAACACUCAAGAUCUACCAUCUGAAUUACCUCCAUGGGUGCGAAACCAGGAAAGGGCAGGUUCUCUUAUGGUCUGCAAGCAAAGUAUUUGAAGAACUUACUGAUAUUGAGCGUCAAUUUCACAAAGCCCUUUACACAGUGCGAGCCUUUCUGAACUGUGACAGAUAUUCGGUUGCACUCUUGGACAUGACAAAGGAAAAGGAAUUUUUUGAUCUUUGGCCAGUGCAAAUGGGUGAAGUACCACCAUACGAUGGUCCAAGAACUCCAGAUGGAAGGGAAAUAAACUUCUACAAAAUAAUUGAUUACAUCCUUCAUGGAAAAGAGGAAAUUAAAGUCAUCCCGAAUCCUCCUCCAGACCAUUGGGCCCUAGUUAGUGGGUUACCAUCGUAUGUUGCAGAAACCAGUCUUAUAUGCAACAUUAUGAAUGCAGCUGCAGAUGAAUUCUUUGAAUUUCAGAAAGAGCCACUUGAUAGUUUGGGAUGGACAAUUAAAAAUGUGCUAUCGAUGCCAAUAGUAAACAAGAAAGAAGAGAUUGUUGGAGUUGCCACCUUUUAUAAUAGGAAGGAUGGAAAACCAUUUGAUGAAAUGGAUGAAACUUUGAUGGAAGCCUUGACACAAUUCCUUGGGUGGUCUGUUUUGAACACGGAUACAUAUGACAAAAUGAACAAAUUAGAAAAUAGGAAAGAUAUUGCACAAGAUAUGGUGAACUAUCAUGUUAAAUGCUCUAAAGAUGAAAUACAAGAUAUCCUGAAAACUAGAGAAUACUUUGAUAGAGAACCCGAUGAGUGUGAGGAAGAAGAUCUUCAGGAAAUAUUGGCUGAAGAACUUCCAGAUGCUGAGGAAUCAGAACUCUAUGAGUUUCACUUUUGUGAUUUUGAAUGGUCUCCAUUGGACCUUGUGAAAUGUGGAAUACAGAUGUAUUAUGAACUUGGUGUGGUUGAUAAGUUCCACAUACCACAGGCGGUAUUGGUCCGUUUCAUUUAUUCUCUAAGUAAAGGAUACAGAAAAAUCACCUAUCACAACUGGCGGCAUGGCUUCAAUGUUGGGCACACCAUGUUUGCCCUUCUCAUGACUGGAAACCUAAAGCGCUACUACACAGAUCUAGAAGCUUUAGCCAUGGUGACAGCAGCAUUUUGCCAUGACAUUGAUCACAGAGGAACAAACAACCUCUAUCAAAUGAAAUCACAGGAUCCAUUGGCAAAACUUCAUGGCUCAUCCAUUAUGGAACGCCAUCACUUGGAAUUUAGCAAAACCCUGCUUCAAGAUGAGGAUUUAAAUAUCUUCCAAAAUCUUAACAGAAGACAGUAUGAACAUGUCCUCCAUCUGAUGGACAUUGCCAUCAUUGCUACAGAUCUGGCACUUUAUUUCAAAAAAAGAACAAUGUUUCAAAAGAUAGUAGACUUGUCAGAAACAUAUGAAGAUGAUGAAGAAUGGGUGCAAUUUAUGAUACUGGAAACAACGAGGAAAGAAAUAAUCAUGGCCAUGAUGAUGACAGCAUGUGAUUUGUCUGCAAUCACAAAACCUUGGGAAGUGCAAAGCAAGGUAGCUCUCUUAGUAGCAGCCGAAUUCUGGGAACAGGGUGACUUGGAACGAACUGUAUUGGAACAGCAACCUAUUCCCAUGAUGGACAGAAACAAAGCUGAUGAACUUCCAAAACUUCAAGUUGGUUUCAUUGACUUUGUGUGCACUUUUGUAUACAAGGAAUUCACCAGAUUUCAUUCUGAAAUUCAGCCUAUGCUCAGUGGCAUCCUCAAUAACAGAAAGGAAUGGAAAGCACUGGCUGAUGAGCAUGAAGCAAAAGUGAAAGCCAUUGAGGAAGAGAAACAACGGAAGGAAGAAGAACGUGCAGCAAAACAAGCUAAUGAUGUAUCACAAAAGGCACAAGAUUCUCAGUCUAAGACAUGCAAUCUUUUGUAAACUUCCACAAAUAACCAUUUUUGUGAGUCUACACCGGCGGUAUACUAUAGAUAUUUGGGAAAAAUAUUUUACUUUUCAAAAUUAAUUGCAUUGUUAAAAGAUAGCUUACAGUAAAGCAAAACCUUUCCUUAGUUACAAGGCUUCAAA